UCAAGUGAAAAUCGUUACGACGCUUACGCUUACGAGAUUGACAAGCCAUAGAUGUUUGUUUUCAUUUUACAUCGGGCGCCAACUAGAAAAUUAAUUUUUAAUAAAAAGUGAAGAGACGUAUUCGGGAAUUCAAUAUUUGAUACAGAACACGCUUUGACUAUUCGCGCUAAUAGCGGCAAUGUCAUCCUCUAAACGGAAGUCCUUAGUGGGAAAUCAGAAGCAAACCACACCAGAGAAGCGAAGAAGAAGCGGGCAAACGGAAUCGACGUUGACAAGUUCAGGCAAGUUAAAUUCUGGCUCUACACGGUCCGACAAAGAACCAGAAAGUGUAGAGCAACAAGCUUUAGAUGAAGCGAACAUAUCUGACGAUGAAGACGGAGGUACACGAAUUGGUGACAUUUACAUUCCGCCUCCUGUGCCACCACAUUGCUCUACGGAAAGUAAAGGACCACGUUUGAUCAUUAAAAAAAUAGAGAACAAAAACUUCAAAAGUUAUGCUGGUACAGUGGUACUUGGUCCCUUUCAUCAUUGUUUUACAGCUAUUAUUGGGCCCAAUGGCAGUGGUAAGAGCAAUGUCAUCGAUUCUAUGUUGUUUGUAUUCGGCUAUCGCGCUAAUAAGAUACGGUGUAAAAAAAUUUCCACUUUGCUUCAUAAUUCCGCUAAAUAUCCGAAUAUGUCUAUGUGCUCUGUAGCGGUGCAUUUCCGACAAAUAUUAGAUAAAGAAGAUGGCACAUGUGAGGAAAUACCUGACAGUGAUAUCGUUGUCGAACGUACGGCUUUCCGGGAUAACUCCUCAUAUUAUACCAUUAAUGGUCGUCGUGUACAAUUUAAAGAAGUUGCUAAACUUUUGAAAAAACAUCACGUCGAUUUGGAUCAUAAUAGGUUUCUAAUAUUACAGGGUGAAGUUGAGUCAAUUGCAAUGAUGAAACCAAAAGGUCUAACUGAAAAUGAAUGUGGAAUGUUGGAAUAUAUGGAGGAUAUUGUUGGAACGACACGAUAUAAAGAACCACUUGUCAAAAUCAACGAGCGUGUUGAGCAAUUAACUGAAGAGCGUACUCAAAAACAUAAUCGCUGCAAGUUGGCAGAACGUGAAAUGAAAGAUUUGGAACAACCUUAUAAUGAAGCAAUCGAUUAUCUUCGUCGAGAAAAUGAAAAUACACGCACUAAAAAUUUACGCAUACAAAAGUACCUUAGUGAAAAAAAUAAAAAGCUUGAGGAAUAUAAAACAGAGCACGAAACAAUUAGUGCAGUAUUAAAGGAGCAUGACGAGGCGACGGAAAAACUCAAACAGGAACGUGAGGAGAAGGAAAAAUUAGUGCGCGAAGAAAUGGCCCAAUUCGAUGCACUGCGAAAAAAGAAGGAAGAUAUAGAAAAAAAAUGGGAAUCUGCGCACAAAAAUUUUACUGAAGUUCAACAGACGAUGGAUAUGACUAAUAAAAGACGCAAGCAACAUAAAACACAAAUGGAAAAACUUAAAAAUGAAUUGGUGGAAAUAAAAAAAAUACCCGAGAAGAAUGAAAAAGAAAUAGGGGAGUGUCAAAAAAAAAUAGAAAGACUAACUAAAGAUAAAUCAGCAAUGGAAGAAGAACUUUCAAAUAAUUAUGUGACCUUAGAAGCAGUAACUAAACCACUCAUUGAAAAACGUGAAAAACUUGAAACUGAAUUAGUGGAAUUAAAAAAGCAUGUGGAUGAGGCAAAAGCAGCCUUAGCAUUGUCUGAAUCCGAAUUGAAAAUUCUUAAACAUGAUGAAACGACCGAAACGCGCAAAUAUGAAUCCUUGAAGACGUCAUAUGAGGAGUCGGAGAGUAAUUUGAUUGAGAAACGCAAAAAUGUAGAGGAAAUGAAAUGUCGGUUACCCGAAAUACAAAAAGAAAUUGAAGUCAAGAAACAAAAAAUGCAAAAAUUGCAGGUGGAAGAACAAAACAUGCGUAGUCAGCUAAUGACUCUAAAAGCUGAGAUAAACGAAAAAAAUGUUAGUUUGCAAACAUCGCGAUCAAACAAUAAAGUAUUGGACUUUCUUAUGAGACAGAAAAACGAAGGCAAAGUUCCGGGCAUUUUAGGAAGAUUGGGCGAUUUGGGCGCCAUUGACAGUAAAUACGAUGUAGCAAUCUCAACUGCUUGCGGACGCUUGGAUGAUAUUAUAGUAGAUACGGUUAACACUGCCCAAGAAUGUAUUGAGCAACUCAAGCGCUACGAUAUCGGACGUGCCACAUUUAUUGCACUUGAAAAAGUAAAUCAUUUGGCUAACCAAUCGGGUCGAAUACAAACUCCAGAAAAUGCACCACGUCUAUACGAUUUAGUACGCGUUGAAGACGAACGUGUUUUACCGGCUUUCUAUUUUGCACUUCGCAACACCUUAGUGGCAAACGAUUUGGAACAAGGCUCGCGUAUCGCUUACGGUGCCCGAAGAUAUCGAGUUGUAACGUUAAACGGUGAUGUCAUUGAAACAUCUGGUACCAUGUCUGGUGGUGGUCGUACCCAAAUACGCGGUAAAAUGGGCACUAAAGUGCAAACAAAAACCAAACAAUCUGCCGAUUCGUCUAUGAUUUCUCAGAAAGCAUUGGAAGAUAUGCAAGUUAAAGCUGAAGAACUGCAAUCUCAAAUAAAUUAUAAUCAAGAGCAGCAGGGGAAUUUAGAGAGAGAAGUGUAUCAACUGAAUAUAAGUAGGCAAAAAAAUGAAUCAGAAAUACAAAAGUUAGGUAUCACUAUCAAAAGCUUGGAAGAACAAUUGCCACGAAUUUUUAAACAGUUAGAGGCUCAAAAAAAGCGUAUGGAACGAACUACUACUGAUGCAGCAAAAGUAAAAGAUAUCGAAACUGAGAUAGCGAAAAAACGAAAGAAGCUAAGCUCAUCGGAGGAGGAAGCAGACAUAGUAGCAAAGAAAAUUGCUAGCGUUAAAUCAGAAAUUGAUAGCAUUCAUGGAGAUAAAGUAAAAUCGGUACAGACUAAGAUCAAUAAUUUGGGUACACAACUUAAGAAGCUAAAUAAUAAUAUAUCUAAAUUAAAAGUUGAAGUAACAACAUCCGAACGUAAUGUUACGAAAAUGGAAAAGCAAAUCGAACAAUUGAAUGAGGAUAUAUUAAAGGCUCAGGAUGAGCUGGUCGCAAUGAGUACAAAGAGACAGCAAUAUGAUGAUGAAACCGCGCAGUUGGUUAAGGAAAUCGAAGAAGCUCAGAACGCCAUCGAAAAUGCCAAAAGCGAAUCGUCGGGUAUACAAAAGGAAAUUUCAGCGUUGCAGAAGAAAGAAGGCGAGUGCACACUUAAACGCGUAGAAAUCGAUCAAAAACUUCAAACUGUCAAUGCUAAAAUAAACGAAGUUAAAUCUCAAAUCCCUCAUUGGCGUGAUCAACUUAAACCACUGAGGUUGCAUGUGAUUCCUGGAGAUCAAGAACCGCAACAGCCUCUGAAAACGUACACUGAAGAAGAGCUUGCCGCACACACACUACAGGAUAUUCAAUAUAAAGAAAGUGUGCAAGAAGAAUUGUUAAAGAAAAAGCCCAAUCUAUCUUGUAUCGAUGAAUACAUUGACAAGCGAAAUGUGUAUUUGGAGCGAGUAAAGGUAUUGGAGGACAUAACAUCGAAGCGUAAUGAAAUGCGACAGCUCUAUGAUGAUUUGCGUAAAAAAAGAUAUAAUGAAUUCAUGCAAGGUUUCAAAAUUAUUACACGCAAGCUUAAGGAAAUGUACCAAAUGAUUACACAAGGAGGUGACGCCGAAUUGGAACUUGUCGAUUCAAUGGAUCCCUUUACAGAGGGUGUCAGUUUUAGUGUGCGACCGCCGAAGAAAACAUGGAAGAAUAUUUCAAAUUUAUCUGGGGGCGAGAAAACACUAUCCUCAUUAGCGCUCGUUUUCGCAUUGCAUUACUAUAAGCCCUCGCCACUUUACUUUAUGGAUGAAAUAGAUGCCGCUCUCGAUUUUAAGAAUAUUUCAAUUGUCGCACAUUACAUAAAGGAGCGAACCAAAAACGCCCAGUUUAUCAUCAUUUCUCUACGUUCUAAUAUGUUUGAGUUAUCUGACUACAUUGUGGGCAUAUACAAGGUAAAGGAUUGUACCGAUUCGGUGACUAUUAAAAAUGUGCCGCCGCCAUUGCCACUCACACAAGUACAAACUCAAACUCAAACUCAAACACAGACUCAAAGUGAUACAAAUUCAUUGUUUGACAAACUCAAGGAUAAGGUUGCCCAGGGUGUAACAUUGACUCCAUUAUUGGAAGAUUCAGAAAAUGCGCCACCGCCGGAAAGUCGGGAGACCUUAAUAGUACCGCUGUCACAAGGACGCGAUACCACGUUUGCGCCACCCUGCGAGAGUACUGCUCUAUCGCAAAUGCUACAAAAGGAUCUAGAUCUUGGAGAUGGCACAAGUCGUUCCAAUAUGUCCUCUGACACUAACAACAGUAUUAAUGAUCCAUUCUUUAAGAAACCGCUGCCGCCUUCUCAAAAAGUAAUCUCUUGAGGUGAUCAACCGAGUUGUACUUGGCAUUUGACCAGUUUUGUUUUUAUUGUUUCAUGCUAUUAACGUCAUAUACUCGAAAUAUUCGGAUAAAUCUUUAUGAGACACCGGUUAUUUUUUUUUUUAAAUAUUUGCAUUUAUGGCUUUGUUUUAAGUUUCUCUUUAAUAUCUUUUUGACAAAAUUAUUAUUAUAUUCCAAACCAAUAAAAGUUACAAUUCGUAGCUAAAUGUAGGAAUAUUGGGUCUGACAGAAGUUUAUACAAGAUCCACAAUUUUGAUAAAAUCUUAAGUCGUAACACUUUAGCUAUCGACCAUAUAACAUUUCUAAUGUGCAAAAUUUCGUAAAUUGAAGGCCAUAAAUCGGUCGACCACAUUUUUCUGCACUGCAUGAGCGAGACAAAAUCUCAUAUUUUAAAGGUUUGCAUAUAUUAUAUACAUAAUAAUAUUUUUGUAACUUUGGAAGUGAUUAUACAAAUAUCAACAAAUACAAUAAUUUGGCUUAUUUAAAGAUUACUCAUGUAAAUCUGUAUCCAGUAGAUAAAUUUAAAAAUUCGUAUCUGAUAAAAUUAUAUAUUUUUUGCAUGGAAGAAAACUGUUGCACUCUUAUGGUAAAUCGGACUAUAAAAAUAAAACUUAAAAAG